CUCCAUUUCCUGGAAGGAGGAAUCGGCCAAUCACAGCGCACGUCCUCUGGCAGCUAGAGCCAUACACUAAGGAACGACCGGCGGCCACGGCCGGCCAUCACUUCUCUGCCACCGAGCUAAUACGAGCCUUUAAAUUGAGAGUUAAGACAUCAAACCGCAUGCCUCUAUGAUCCAGCUAACCUUACAGCGAGACAUACAGUGUUCAGUUUGCACAAGAGGUGAGCCAUGGCUGAACCGAACCCGCCCCGUCCCCAGAGGAAGAUGUCCACCGCUGGGGAGAGCAUGUACAAGGUGUUAGGGCUGGAGAAAGGAGCAUCAGCUGAGGACAUCAAGAAAGCAUACAGGAAGCUGGCACUGAAGUACCACCCAGACAAAAACCCAGACAACCCGGAGGCAGCGGAGAAGUUUAAGGAGAUCAACAACGCCAACUCCAUUCUAAAUGACGAGACCAAGAGGAAGAUCUAUGACGAGUAUGGCUCCAUGGGCCUUUACGUGUCAGAGCAGUUCGGAGAGGAGAGCGUCAAAUAUUACUUCCUCAUGUCCAAAUGGUGGUUUAAGGGUCUGGUGCUGUGCUGUACGCUGUUCACGUGCUGCUGCUGUUGCUGCUGCUGCUGUUUCUGCUGCGGGAAGUGUAAACCGCCGGACGAUGACGAAAACUACCAGUAUGUCGACCCCGAAGACCUGGAGGCCCAAAUCAGAGCAGAGCAGGACGGAGGUCACACAGUAAUCAUAGGCCAGCCCACAUCUAACGUGGCUCCGGAAAGCUCUGAGGGCCCGAGUAAGCCCAUCCCCCUGCCGAUGCCAAUGCCUGCAGCUGAGCCCCAGUCGCGGACCAGUCCAGCAGGGGAAGAAAACCCCGGAGAGACCUUACCAGAGUCAAAGUGACUCUGAAGUGACCGGGUGGAUGAGCCUCGACUAGCAGGAGCAGACUUUGGAGCCCCUUUCAUGAUCCAGCCACAUUCGACUGCUGCCAGCAAUCCAGAGACCAACCAGCUCAAAGCCACCAGCCAGCUAAGGCCCACACCUCAAUCCUGACCUCCCCCCAAACCUACCCAAACUACCCACUGGACAGCUCCUGUAAGGUGGGCACCUAAAGGCUCUUGGCAACCUCCAUGGAACUGGAGUUAUGGAGGAGUAUUUGUGCAAAUUAAACUACCAGCUGGGCUCUGAAAAUACUGAGAAACCUUGUUGAAAACCGAAGUCCUCGUUGUUCUCGCAGCUUGCCAUAUACUUUAGCCUAGACUGGCCUCGAUGUGAUCCUGCUAGCAGUUCCGUCAUCCAGAGCUACGCUUGGCAACAUGCCUGGACUCCUCACUAAGCUGUUCUUGUCAUCCCAUUACAACCAGUAAGGAUGUGAAACUGGACAGGAAGCUGGCAAAAACAGGGUGAUGUGAGGGCAAAAAAAACAACCAUCACGGAAAGGUUAUCCUUGUUAUUAAUCCACUGGAAUUAUCUUUUUUGUCUUGUCUCUGUCUGAAUCCGCCUCCCUUCAUUUUGGACAUGUGUCACCAACAGGAGCACUUCUAUUCAAUUUGUUUUGGAAAGAAAACUAACAAGUCACAUCAUCAGACGUGACGUUGGGGGUGUGGAAGACAUUGUCCUUCCCAUCUGUCAGUUGAAUAUUGCAUUACCUCCCCCUAAUGUUCAUCCAAUAAAGCUUCUCACACGAAUGCACAAACGUGAAGGGGGGGGAGGGAGGCGGGGCCAGGCGCAGCAGAAGCAACAGAUGCAACAGAUGAUGAUGAUAAACCUCUGAGCCAAAACCUGAAGAUUGGGAAGUCGAGGCCUCCUUCUUCAGAGUGCAUGUGUUUUGUUCUGUUUUGUUUUUUCCCCCGGAUGCAUGCCCACCCUCUACCUGCCCCACCUCCCCCACCUCCCUGUACAGCACUGGAAUACAGUACACACUUAAAAACCACAAAACAUGAAAGAAGUCCCCGUCCACCACCUGUACACCUUCACGUGCCACCCACCCCGCUCGGACAUACAACAUGCAGCAUAAUCUAUUGGCUGAAAUGGACCGCGACAGACGGCAUACCACGGAAAAGAAACAGCAUUUAAGUGUUGACUGGUCGUUGUUCAAUUUUGUUUUGUCUGAUCGGAAUCAGUGCGAUCUUUCUUGUGUUGCAGUCAGAUUAAUUGGUAGCCCAAAGGCAACGGCUGCGUGUAGCCUGCCAGUCCACGAAGACUCUGGUUGAUGUUUUGUAUAAUAUGCAUUUGGGCCUAUGCACCUUGCGAAGCGGGUAUGUUGCCAUUUCGUAGGGUUAUCUUUGUGCUAGUUUGUUGUUUUAAGCCUACAUUCAGGUUGUUAAUCUUUUAUUGUUACAAACUAUGGAAACCACCAACUUUUAAAGUUACUUGGUAAUCUACGAACUCAGGUCCAGAUUCACUAAGACUGCACUGCGAGGGCAACCUUCUGAUUUAUACUCACUAGCUUUUUUGGCUUUCAUAAUGUUUCGUCCUCUUUGCUGCAAAUUUCACACACUGUUAUUUCAGUUCGAUUAAGUCCUGCGUCUUUCCUCCGUAAAUCUGCUUUCUGCUGCUCUGUCUUGAGCUUCCAGUACGGAAAGCCCUCUGACCCUGCUCUUUGACUUGAUGGUGACGGUGAUGUGCCUUGAUUAAUAAUUGCAGCAGCGACUCAACAGACAACUUCCGAUGCAGCAUUUUGUGUUCGUUGUUGUCCUGUUCAGUGGAGGAUUGCAAUAGGACCAGGUAUACAUACAGAAACAUGACCACGACUGGUGAAAAGAAGCUUUUUUUAUCAUUGAUUCUUGCUUUUCCCCCCCGCGGAAACAUUUAGUGAAUCUGGAUCAGCUGCACAAAACUGCACGGUGACCACAACCACCUGAGAUGCUUUGUCAAGUCUCAUUUUCUUUUCAUCCUCUCAAGGUUUCACCACACUCACCAAAACAAUGUUAUCGUGCUUUGUCUCUGUGUCAGAAAAGAGUGAAAAAUGGCCUCCACGGUUUCCCAAAGCUCGAGGUGGCGUCUUCAGAAGUCGGUUUACGCCUAACAAAGAGAACAAAGAGAAAAGUAGCAAAUUGUCAGAUUUCAGAACCAGAGAAUAUUUGAGAAUAUUUCAGCCAUUUUUAAACUUAUACAUUGAGACAUUCAAGGCCCCUUUCUGAGUUAUUGCCACUGUUUGUCAGGAUUAAUUAAGGUUGGUGCAGGACGGUACUGGAUUUGAAGAGUGCUGGCAGGCUGUGCUAAAGAGCUGUUUUCCACUCAGUUCUGAUUAAAUUAAUUAGUUAGUUCAAUGUGGUCUGGCUUUAAAGGAAUAAACUGUUACCAUGCCAACAGUCACUAUCAUGUGAGCGGCAUUAAGUGAUGUUUACUCUAGUUGGUACAAACUAAUAGCAAUUAAGUGCAACUUUCAAGUUUUCAUGUUUUAUUUCUGACACAGGUGCUUUGAUAGCUUUAGCGCACUUUACUUCCAGAACCAUGACGAUCAAUUCAUCCUGUAAUGUAAUUUUGGUGAACAUUUGCGCCAGUUCAACAUCGUCUCACUUACUUUGUUAUUAAUUCCUUAUUUACGUCUACAUUAAUUUGUGGACUUUGUAUGAAACGUACCAUAAAUGUGCUGGAGGUUGCGUGUCCUCUGACCUGACAGACGGGCACUGAAACAUCUUCAGUCUAAAAUAGUUUAGCUAAUCUGCCUGCCCCAGGGUUAGUAAACACUGUUAAAUCAAUAGUUUGACAUUUUGGGAAAUAUUCUCAUUCACUGUUUUUAUAGAAAGAGCCCGGCACAUGAUUUCCUGAUUUCCAUGAUUUCUCUUUUUUUCUUUGCUGGUUUUUGCAGUGAUUGAACAAGUAGGGACACUGUGUUUAAUAUUAAUAAAAGAGAACAAUGUGAUAGUUCGCAAAUCUUUUUUGACAUAUACUCAACUGAAAACAGUACAAAGACAACAUAUUUAAAGUUUAACCUCUGGCUCCAGUUUGUGCUAAGCUAAGCUAAACGUCUGAUGGCUAACAUACCAAUGUGAGCAUCAUAUUGAUCUUCUUAUCUAACCCUCAGCAAGAAAGCAGAGAAAGUAUUCGUAUUUCCCAGAAUGUUGACCGAAACCUUUUAAUCAGACUUGUUUGAGUAGAAAGAACUUAAAAGAGUUUUUUUAUGCAGUUAUUAAAACAAGCUUUUAACACUGAUUUCUUUGGUUAUGUGGAUGUUAACAGGUUAAUGUGCAGUGAAGGAUUGUUGUCUAGUGUGGAGCUGUGUUACUUGUAGGUUAUUUUUUUUAUUUUUUAAAUUAAAUGUUAUCCCUUUAAAGGUUAUUCCUUUGGGGUUUUUUUCCCCCCCACAACACUGAAAUGCCACAGUGUCUGUGCAUCAAGCCAGGGCUUAAAAUGCACGAAAGCUAGGACACAAGACUACAGUUUAAUUCAUCUCCCAGCUGCUAAAACCCCACAAUAUUAACCGUUUAACUGCAAAACAACAUUUUUAGACCCACAAGUCCGACCAGCAGCCAAGUUCAUAAACCAGCUCUGACAAAUCAGUCCAUCGCUUGUGUUUCGGAGAGGAACUGUCAGCCAAACCUGCAAUUUCAAGCCUCCCAUAACAUUUCAGGAGUAAUUAUUACUAUUAUUAUUUUUUUUUUUGUCUCUCUUCAGAUCUUGUUAAAUCAAGUCACUUGAGUGUAAAAGCCAUGGAGCACUGAAAGAAGACAUAUUAUUUAUUAUUUUUGUAAUUGUUGUAAAUAACUCAAAACAAAAAAAAUGACAAAAUUCCUUAUUGUUAAUGUUUUAUGAAUUAAAGUCUGUUUUAACAGUGUACAUACAUUUUUUUUAUUUGUCACAUAGACAUACUGCAGUUUGAAUUUACUGAUACUAAAAAGGUUGGGGUUGGGUUGUUGGUCAGAUUGGGUUUUAUGUGACGAACGCAGACUGUGAAGUCUUUUGUGUGUCUACUCUAAAAUGCUGGCUUGAAAGCUCUCUGCUAACCUGUUAGCCUAAUGCUAAUGUACGCUAGUUAGCACGGAGCUAACAGUCUUCCAAGGACAGAUGGAUAGUCUUUGUCUCUGUGUUCCCAUUACACUCAGCUGACCAGUGAGACAAGCUACCAGAUAUGACGAAGACAUUUUAUCAGCGUAGAUGAAGUUUUUGUGUGGGUGGGGUUCCCUGUGGAUGAUCUGUAAAUGACUUACUGUGACAUUCAAACAAAUAAAAGAGGGGAAUUUUAUAACGUC